UCUCUAAAUUUUCAGAUUCAAAAACUGUGAAAAAACUUCAGAAUCAGCAACAGGACAAAGAAGCUCGAUCACAUAAGAAGAAAGAAGUAGAAAAUAUCAUACAAGAUGUAUUUGAUUUUAUGAUGGAUGAGUCUGAUAAAAAUCACAUGGCAAAAUUUUUGCUUACGAGCC